GACCACAGUGUUACCAAUAGAGAGUAGUUCCAUUACCGUUAAAAGGCGCCAAAGAAAUAACGGUGAAAUAGUGUUAGGGUCAACGGUAGCAAUGGAGGAAUCCGGCGCGGGUGGAGGCUCAACUACAGCGGCGGCCCGCUCUUCAGCGACAGCCAGCGGUGGCGUUGCAUCACGUGGCCGUGGUCGGGGGCGACCGCCCAAGAUACCACCCCCAACAGCUGGCCGUCAGCCUGCCAGCCCAGUUUCAGCAUCGAAUAGAGCCACCACCCCCGCAUCCCCAUCCCCAUCACCAUCCCCGUCCGUUACGUCGCCCCCCUCGCCGUCGUCGCUGGAGGACGGAGACUCGACCUGCCGGCGCAGCUCCCGAAAGAAGGUCAUCAAGUUCGAUGUCCGCGAUCUGUUGAAUAAAAACCGCAAGGCGCACAAAAUCCAAAUCGAAGCCCGUAUUGAUUCUAAUUCCAGCUGCCCCACAAAUCCCAUAGCCAGCCCAUCGGGUGCAGCUCCGCCGGUGAACCGAGUGUUCUCCAUGUUUGAGAGCAACAAGCUGAUGCCACCCAAGCCGCCGCCCACUGCCCUGGGGAUGUUCGCCAAGCCCCGGCCCACCCAAAGCCUGAUCGUGGCCCAGGUGACCAGCGAGCCCAGCUCCACUGCCGCCACCGUCGUGCCGACCGCACCGGUGGUUCGAAAGCGCGGGCGUCCCCGAAAGAUUAGACCCGCGGAGCAGCAGCAGGCUCCGCUUCCCAUGACAUCCGACUCGGACACCACAACCUCCACGGGCAGUGGAGGCGACAGUGGUGACCUGAUCGCCGCCGCCGCCCUCGAUCCCGCCAAGCGAAAGCUGCGCGUCUCCCUCAAGCGGCUGAAUUUGUCCCGCCGACUGGAGUCCACCGAUUCCGGCGAGAUGCCCCUCAGCAUUCGGCUGCUGGGAGCCGGAGGCAACUCCUCCUCCUCCUCGCCAUCCACGCUGUCGCUGUCGGCGCCCAUAAUCCAGGACGAGAACGCCCUCGACGAGCAACCGAAGCCACUGCCAAAGGAACCCGUAACUUCCGUCAUUUCCGUUCCGGACGAGAACACCGACUCCGACUCCCAGAUCAUAUUCAUCGAGAUCGAGACGGCGGGCAAGGAGGAGGACACUGCCAACCAGGAAGCAAGCGCCAGCGACAUCCAGGUGCUGCUGCCCGAGUCCGGAGCCGAUCAGGACUCCGAUGACAUAAUGGUGGAGGUGCUUAGUGGCCCACCGAGUUUGUGGUCGGCCGACGACGAGGCCGAGGAGGAGGAUGAGGUGGCCCCCAGAUCCGUGACCGAGCCCGUGGAUCCGGAGACCGAGUCCUUGUCGGUAGCACCGCGCCGCAGUCGCCGAUCCCAGCGCGGCAACAGCAACAGCCACCAAGGUAAGACUCUGGAGGAGACCUUUGCGGAGAUAGCGGCCGAGAGCAGCAAGCAGAUCCUGGAGAAGGAGCAGGACCAGGAGCAGGAGGAGCAUCUGUUAAUCGAUCUCAUUGAGGAUAGCCAGAGUCAGCCGGGAGCCAGUGCCGAUACGGCGUUGGGAGGGGCUCUGGAAGUGAAACUGGAACCGACUCUGCCCGAGGAUAAGGAGGAUCCUCCCGAGGAAACAUUGGAAAUUGUGGUUAGGCUGAAGAAGUACAAGCCCACGACUCCAGAAAUGAUGAAGGAGGUGGAGAAUGAGACGGAGACGGAGACGGAAACGAAAAAGCUGGACAAGCCAUCGGAAGAACCACAUGCCGCGAGCACCGCAGCUGAAGAAACAAAGCCCAUGACCGAGGCGGUCGAAGUGAAGGCGGAGACUAGCGAGACAUCUCCCGAUGGGCCCGACGCCACCAAGCAGCCGGCCACUCGGGAUCGAAUCAUCAAAUCGGAAUCUAUAGGAGUUAACUAA